CGCUGACACAACAUAUUCAUCAGCUGGUUCAUCAAAACAAUUGCAGAUGUUAUCGCUGUGCAAGGCAAUUUAGCUUUUUUAAAUGCUGGCCGCGGCUUGCAGUGUUGCAACAGUCACGUUCAUAAGUGGCGUCGAUGCUCCAGUCUGAGCCACUCUAAACUUCUGCAGGAGGAAGCAUUUUUAAGAUGACUUCAGAAGAGAAUCUUUUGUGGACAGAAUGGGUGCCACUCAACAACUUAUUGGAUCAGUUGCCACAACAGUUCCAGCGAGGCCUCGGGGCUGCGGACCUUCAACUUACCUGCCUAGCUACUCUACCACAGCAUUUAGUCCUGGGCACCAAUGUAGGGCUUGUGUACUUGGCUCAUCUACCCUCAGCCAACCUCAUGAGACUCAAGUGUGAGAAUCCUCUGUCAGCAAUAUCAAGUGUAGCGAGUGUUCGAACUGUUGAUGACAUGAUUGCCUCAGGAGCUAUAGAUGGUACUCUGACACUUUUCCAGCUUCCUAGAGUAGCCAAUUUUCAGGAAGCAAACCCAUCAUCAUCACCAGAUAUUAGUGCCCCUAAGCUGAAAGGCAUUAUGCCAAUGCAGCCAGUAGUAAAACGUUUCACAGUGGCAAAUGUUCAUAGUGCUAGAAUUACUAGUUUAACUUGGAGUCGAAAUGGGAUGCUACUCUUCUCUGGGGAUGCAAAUGGUGUAGUUUCAGUAGUAGAAAUUAAUUACCAGACAAGUGAAUGCACAGCCAAAAAACUUUUCCUAGAGACUAGUAGUAUAACACAACUCUCAUACAACUCUCAGCAUCUUGCAGUAUCCACACUAGAAAGAGCUCUUGUGUAUAGUUUUAUUCAUGGUAGAAUCCAGCAGAUUGGUCAGAAACCUCGCAAACACUUUGGAUUAUUUGGGUGUGUGUGGUUUCCUUCAGCCACCUCUUCUGAUGCUGUACUUUAUACGUCCCGACCUGGACUGAGACUCUGGUCAUCAACAAAAGAGGGGGAAGUUUUGCACACUCACAUAAUAAAAGAAUUGCCAGAAAGAGGCGCAGCACGCUUGUUAAAUCCCAGUUUUGAGAAGCCAAGAGAAGGCGAAAGGUUUUCAUUUGGACUACUUCAGAUUCUUGGCACAUCUUAUAUAGUUUCACAUAAUUCAAACUGGAUCUUCGUCAUAGAUGUAAAUAGCUUGAAAGUGCUAACUUUUAGUGGGCAUUUCCGACAUAUAACUGGAGUAGCUGUAUCAGAGAACGAAAUAUUUGUACUAGAAGGAUCCAGAUAUGUUGCUUGUCUGAGCAUUGAACCUAUUAAAAUAGGAGAGAAAGUGACUUCCUCAUCUACAUGGCUUUCUUCUUUGCCUGAAACUCAAAAUCUGCGUGAUAUUGGCGCCCGUCUUGUGUCUAAAGGGUCUGGACUUUUUGAACAAAUUGCUCGUGUAAGUGGCUCUGUUGCAGCCAAGGUCUCCGAACAUGCUAACUCUGCUGGUAUAACGGAUAUUAAAAGUAAUAAACAGCAGCAGGUGGGUUAUCUUGCAUCGUCUGCUAACACUAAUGUGAAGAGAGAGAAACAAGGCCAUCACCGAUCGUCAUCAUCUGGAACAAUAAAAGAAAGUGAACAGUUUUCGUGUACAUCUGCUUCACCACAUCCCAGAAUGGUGCAGUCUGCCAGCAGCUUUUUUCCUACGCUGUUCUCAUCUCCAUUACUCAUUACAGCUUUGGGAAAAACACCUCCUUUGCAAGAUAUACAUGUCACGGGAGAACUGGAAGUUGUUGGAGACUUGGAAGAAAUUGUAACAAGUUCACAGAUUGUAGCUGCAGAAAGUGCAGACUCUGAACCAUUGGUUUUGAGAGACAAGCCAAAGAAGAAAAAGAAAAAAUCUGAUGCUGUCCCUUCACCUGACAAUCUGAGUGUAAACAGCUUUAGAUCUACAUCAGACACAAGUGAUACACUUAGCUGUGAGACACCAUCACACUUACCUGUCUGUCCUCAAGAUGUGUCAGUAUCACUAAGUACAAAGUCUUCUCAGAACAAUCAGCCUCAAGAUAAGACUUGUGGGAUGUUGGCAAAUGAGAGAAAUUUAGAAAAUUUUGAAAUAGUUUGCGAGAACCCUGCAGAAUGCCAUUAUGAGAGAGCUGGUACUGAAGACACUGAGGAAAGUCAUUCUACAGCCAAGUUAGAUUUAAAGUGUGUUGAUACCAGAACAUAUGAUGAUUUUAAAAGUGACAUUCAAGAAAAGGAGAGCCUUUUGGCAGAUAUCCUUGACCUUAAUUGCUUAAGGUUGGAUCAUGAAAUGAGAAAAAGUAAAGAUAAUGCAGUUGAAUGUACUUUGAACCCUGAAGAAUGCUCAUAUUUACACAGAGAACAUAGUGUUGAGAGUACUGAUUGUUCCACGCCAAGCACACUUAAGGAGGCAAGUCCUGCUCUUGAUAAUUCAGAUAGCAUCGAUUUCUAUGCACAGUUUUACGCUGGCAACAGUACCGUCAGUUCCUUUGAUGGGAGCAUUGAACUUCACAAUCAGCAAAGCAGUAAAGACUGCACUGACUUCAGUGAUCCUUUCCUGGUAAGAGAUAGAGAUGAACAUAUAGCAAGUAACAUAAGUGAAGACAGACUUAGCUGCCUGAGUUAUGGUCCACCUUCUGGAAGCAGCAUCUUAUCUCUUGGAAACAAACCACAAGCUGAGGGACAAGACCAACUCACAGCUGAAUCAAGAGAGAGAUUCACUGUUACAGAUUCAUCAGAGGUAGCAGAUAUUAGUUGGUCAUACUCUACCUCAGAUGUACAAGAAUGUUUUGAGUACGAAGAGGAAGAAAUGACUGGAGGAUGGAUUAGACACAAAUUCCCCAGUAGUGUUAUUAGUUUGACUGUUUCAGAAAGUAAUGUGUCAUUUAUUGAUGAUCACAACAACCUCUUCUUUAAAGAUAAUAUUUUAGAAAGCAAAGCUUGGAGAAAAGUUAAGUUGCCUAAAAAGGCUACCCAUAUUUCUAGUUCACCAAGUGGUCACAUAAUGUGGCUACAGUUUGUCUCUAAUGCAUAUGCCAUCUGCAAUCCAAGAUUGGAAAUGUUACCAUCAUCCAAGAUGAUGCCUGUAGCCGAGAAUGUUUUACAAAUGUGUGUGGAUGAGGAUCUUACAUGGUACAUCAAUAAACAAAAUCAGAUGUGUGUACAGCCAAGUUUGAGUGAUCGGAGUCCACAAAUUGUGCAGUGUGAGGAGUUUAAAAUGGCGAGAGUUAUAUGCCGUAGCCAAGUAGUAUGGGGCCUUACCGACCAAGGAAAGUUGUUGUUUAGGAUAGGAGUGACUUCUCGCUCACCUCUAGGUCACGAAUGGGGAGUAAUGGAGACCAGUGCAGUACCUGUAAUGGCUAUGGCACUGGGACCAGGGCAGAAAGGAUGGAUUGUAGAUGGCAAGGGCCAAGUGUACUUUCGUCUUGGAGUCUGUGCCAAAUAUCCACAGGGCAGGGAUUCAAAGUGGUGGCAAGUUGUAACUAGUGAUUACAUGAUGGACAGCAUUGGAGAGUAUGGUAGCAUCAUGAUUGAUGCAUCAUCACGAGUCUGGGUAGCAGAACACAACUCCAACUGGUACUCUGUACAUGAUCCAAAUUGUACAGGUCAUGUUUGGUCGGUGUUUAGUGAAGAUGUCUGGUCUACUGUUUGUGCAGGGUUUUACAUGGAUCAGGGUGCCAUUUGUUGUCUCUCUCCUCUUGGACAACUGUUUGUUGUUAACCCCAACACUGCCUGUUCUGUGCCUUUUGACUUACCAAAAAAUGAGUGCAUUGUGAGUGUGAGUCAGCGUCCAGAAGCCAUGUGGGUUUUAACAGCAGCUGGAGAUAUCUUUAUCAGGCUGGGACUCUCUGCAAAAUCACUCCACGGAUCACAUUGGCAACAGCUCGACCUGAAUCAAAUUGGAGAUAUUCAUUUAUGCCAUAUAUCAUGUGGUAUGGACGUCGUCUGGGGAGUAGACACUCGUGGGGGCGUAUAUAUGCGACAAGGUCCCCUUACUCCUACAAGUGGUAGUCUUCCACCAGCAUGGAUCCAGGUUGAUCCAGUAACUCUUAAAGGAAAUGCCGUGUUCACUAAGGUUUUUGUGGGUAUGAAGCUGCACAUGGUCUGGGCUGUGGACUCAAGUCGCAGAGUGUAUGUGAGAGAAGCCAUCUUCCCAGAACUACCCAUUGGCCUCUCAUGGGUUCCUGUUGCUGGCCUUUUGGCUCUGAAUCUGUCUAUUAGUGACAAUGAAGUUUUUGCCCUUACUCCUAGUGGUGAAGUUUUCAAGCGUAUUGGAGUGACCAACACAAAUUACAUUGGUGAUGCAUGGCAGAAAAUUCCAGGAAAUCUUGCUAAAAUUUCAGCAACAGUAGAUAACUUCUUGUGGGGCCUAGAUAAUGAUGGACACCUCUGCCAGCAUGAAAAAUUCCAGAUAUCAGAGGAACUUCCAAAAUCAGCAUUGACGGCAAACCUGACACUCUGUGAAGGUUCUGAACCUUUAGACUGGGAAGUUCUGUGAUACAGUAUAUGCCAUAAAUAUGGCACUGUUAAACAAAAUGGUUUUAGAAAUAGUAGUGGAUUUUUAUUGCACCACUGUUUUAAUAUACUAAACUACAUAUAAAUAUAUAACAUGCCUAUAUUUAUUUUUUAUAAUUCUAUAAUAAAUUUUAUCUCGU